UGUUGACAAAUGUAAAUAAAAGACAGCUGCUAGAAUUCUUUGUUUUGCACAAUUGGAAUUUUAAUUCAAGGCAAGAUAAUUAAAUAUGUUAAAGUUAACUAGGAUUUAUGCACACAGCAUUAAAAUACAGGCUUUUUACCGCCAUAUGGCGGUGUGUGCAAAAACUUUGAAAUUCUCUCAAUAUGGAGAACCAACAGAAGUUUUGCAGCUGGUGGAGGAAAAGCUAGACAGUCCCAAGGACAAACAGGUUUUGGUGAAAAUUUUGGCCUCUCCCAUUAAUCCCGCUGAUAUAAAUACUAUACAAGGAAAGUAUCCGGUAAAACCAAAAUUCCCUGCUACCGGUGGCAAUGAAUGUGUGGGCGAAAUAUUAGAAAUUGGAGAAAAUGUAAAUAAAUUGGAAAAAGGGCAAUAUGUUGUGCCUUUUGCCACGGGAUUGGGUACUUGGACUACCCAUGCCCUGUUCAAUGAAGAUCAACUAAUGUCAGUUUCGAAAAAUAUUGGUCUGGCAGAGGCUGCCACUAUUACCGUAAACCCCUGCACCGCAUAUCGCAUGCUUAAGGAUUUUAUUAAAUUAUCUCCCGGUGAUUGUAUUAUACAAAAUGGAGCCAACAGUGGGGUGGGUCAGGCAGUGCAUCAACUUUGUAAAUCUUGGGAUCUCAAAUCUGUGGGCAUCGUAAGAGACCGUCCCGACAUAGCAGCUCUUAAGGAUUAUUUAAAAAAAUUGGGUGCUACUGAAGUGCUAACCGAAGAAGAGUUGCGCACCACUACGCUUUUCAAAGGUGGCAAUCUGCCUAAGCCUCGUUUGGCUCUCAAUUGUGUUGGAGGUAAAAGUGCCACGGAGAUAGCACGCCAGCUGGCCGAUAAGGGUGCUUUGGUGACCUAUGGUGGCAUGUCGAGGGAACCUGUCAUUGCGGCCACUGCUGCCUUAAUCUUUAAGGAUAUAUCCUUCCAUGGUUUCUGGAUGACUAGAUGGACAAAGGAAAAUGCAAACUCCCAAGAACGUCUGAAGAUGUAUAGUGAACUAUGCGAUUUGAUGAUGCAUACGAAAUUUGUGGCACCAGUACAUGAAUUGGUGCCCUUGCAGAAAUUCAAGGAGGCAACAGCGGCUGCUUUAAAUUUUAAAGGUUUUACGGGAAAAAAAUACAUUUUGGAUAUGAGAAAUUAAUGUCUGAAAAAAAUGUUUGUGGUUGGUUUGGAAAUGUAAAAGCUUUAAUAAAAAUUAGAAGCAGUCACUUGCAAUAUGAAUGAAAA